UGAAUGCAGAUGCGUCAACAGUGGCACGUCACUAUCUCAGUUGCAAGAUGGCGAACGUGCGGGAUAGUGACACAUCCUUGUGGCUCCAUAAUAAACUCGGAACAUCGAACGAUUCCUGGACAACUGGUUCAAUUUGUACACAAUUAAAUGCUGAAGUGUUAAAGAAUAUUAAGGAUUGUUUUCCAGAUUUGCAAACACAAGUGAAACUAAAAUUAUUGUUGAGUUUCUUUCAUAUCCCGCGCAGAAAUGUUGAGGAGUGGAGAAAUGAAUUGGAAGAGAUCAUUGAAGUGGCAGCGGUGGACUCGGACCUCUGGGUCGCCAUGUUGGCCGAGGUCCUCAAAACCUUCCCGUCACAGGGCACCCUUAACACCGAGAUAGCGGAGUUCGACGAGACCCGGCCCAUUUUCAGUGACAUGAUCGGGGAACUCCGGAAAGCACUGGCUAAGCAUUCGGAACUGGGAUUGUUGCCAUUAGAGUGCCUAUAUUUGAAUAAAAAUGCCUUAGUAUCUGUGGUUGGCCAGCAAGCGAACCCAGUAAAACACUUCACACUAAAACGCAAGCCCAAGUCCGUGGCGCUCCGGAGCGAACUACUAGCCAAGGCGGCCGAGGUGCAGGCCAACCAGAAGAAGGCUCAAGCGCCCACGGUGCCGGUCCGGAGUCGUGGCAUGCCGAGGAAGAUGACUGAUACUACUCCACUAAAAGGCCUGCCGUCGCGCUGGGCGGCGCGCUCGGGCGGCGCGCCCUCGCGCGUGGCGGCCGCCGCGGCGCGCCCGCCGCCGCGCAGCGCCGGCAUCAAGCUGCUCGACAUCGCCGACCAGCCCAUUGCACACGCUCACGCUAAAAGGAGACGCAAGAACGAGUUGGAGGAGGCGGCGGCGGCCAAGAAGCCGGCGGUGGCGGCGCCCGCGUCGCCGCCGCCCGACUACGCGCGCGGCCUCAACAACUACCAGAUGCCCAAGCAGGAGGACAACCCCGCCUGUACGUAUUAUCCUCAACAACUACCAGAUGCCCAAGCAGGAGGACAACCCCGCCGGUACGUAUUAUCCUCAACAACUACCAGAUGCCCAAGCAGGAGGACAACCCCGCCGGUACGUAUUAUCCUCAACAACUACCAGAUGCCCAAGCAGGAGGACAACCCCGCCGGUACGUAUUAUCCUCAACAACUACCAGAUGCCCAAGCAGGAGGACAACCCCGCCUGUACGUAUUAUCCUCAACAACUACCAGAUGCCCAAGCAGGAGGACAACCCCGCCGGUACGUAUUAUCCUCAACAACUACCAGAUGCCCAAGCAGGAGGACAACCCCGCCUGUACGUAUUAUCCUCAACAACUACCAGAUGCCCAAGCAGGAGGACAACCCCGCCUGUACGUAUUAUCCUCAACAACUACCAGAUGCCCAAGCAGGAGGACAACCCCGCCUGUACGUAUUAUCCUCAACAACUACCAGAUGCCCAAGCAGGAGGACAACCCCGCCGGUACGUAUUAUCCUCAACAACUACCAGAUGCCCAAGCAGGAGGACAACCCCGCCGGUACGUAUUAUCCUCAACAACUACCAGAUGCCCAAGCAGGAGGACAACCCCGCCGGUACGUAUUAUCCUCAACAACUACCAGAUGCCCAAGCAGGAGGACAACCCCGCCUGUACGUAUUAUCCUCAACAACUACCAGAUGCCCAAGCAGGAGGACAACCCCGCCGGUACGUAUUAUCCUCAACAACUACCAGAUGCCCAAGCGGGAGGACAACCCCGCCGGUACGUAUUAUCCUCAACAACUACCAGAUGCCCAAGCGGGAGGACAACCCCGCCUGUACGUAUUAUCCUCAACAACUACCAGAUGCCCAAGCAGGAGGACAACCCCGCCGGUACGUAUUAUCCUCAACAACUACCAGAUGCCCAAGCAGGAGGACAACCCCGCCGGUACGUAUUAUCCUCAACAACUACCAGAUGCCCAAGCAGGAGGACAACCCCGCCUGUACGUAUUAUCCUCAACAACUACCAGAUGCCCAAGCAGGAGGACAACCCCGCCGGUACGUAUUAUCCUCAACAACUACCAGAUGCCCAAGCAGGAGGACAACCCCGCCGGUACGUAUUAUCCUCAACAACUACCAGAUGCCCAAGCAGGAGGACAACCCCGCCGGUACGUAUUAUCCUCAACAACUACCAGAUGCCCAAGCGGGAGGACAACCCCGCCGGUACGUAUUAUCCUCAACAACUACCAGAUGCCCAAGCGGGACGACAACCCCGCCUGUACGUAUUAUCCUCAACAACUACCAGAUGCCCAAGCAGGAGGACAACCCCGCCGCCGUGGCGGUGGAGCCGACGCCGGCGUCCCCCCCUCGCGCCUCCCCCCCUCCCCCCUCCGCCGCGGCCGAGCGUCCGCCGCCGCCCAGCCCCAUGCUCGUCCACCAGGGCACCGGUGCGAAACCGAUCGUAAUCGGCCAACAAGGCAAACUAUUGAUAGCGGGCCAGGGCGGAACCAAACCACUCCUACUGUCGGCGCCAACACUCCUGAACACUUCUGCUGUGCUGCUGCAACCUGGAGGCAAGGCUGUGCUACUGCAGAACAUCAAACCGGUGACACAAACAGUGGUCCAGGCGGCGCGGCCCACGCUACAGGUGGUGCCGCCGCCGCAACCGCAGCCGCAGCCCGUGGUGCAGGUGACGGGUGGGGUCGGCCCCGCAGCGGCGGCGACGCCGGCGCAGCCGCUGCUGCCGCGUAGGGGGCUGUCGCUCACGCGCGAACAAAUGUUGGAAGCGCAAGAUAUGUUCCGCAACGCCAACAGAGUCACGCGGCCCGAGAAGGCGCUCAUACUCGGUUUCAUGGCUGGCUCCAGAGAUAACCCCUGUCCGAACCUAGGCAACAUAGUGACAAUAAAACUGUCAGAGAACAUCGAAAACGUGCUGCAGUCCGACGACACCUACCUCACCAUGCUCUCAGAGAUGCACUUCCAGAUGAAUUACAACAACGGCCAGUGGACGCGCCUCAAGAAGUACCGGCACAUAGACGGCAUGGUGCCGCAGAAGAUACCCCCCGGCUCCACCGUCAUCUCGGCCAACAACCAGCAACCCGUCGUCUCAAUAGCCAAUCAGAGCGUCAGUUAAGACAAGUUAAGAUUAGGUUCUUUAUAGUUGUUUUGGCCUGGCAAAAAAUUGGGGCAAUAUCAGAGCGUUUUAGCCUGUCUUUGGUCAUAUUUUUGACGAAGUGUUACGACAUUUUGAUCAUAUUAUUGAUUGUCUGGCAGAGGGGCAUUCUAGAAAAAUGACAGUUUUUUUUUUCACUUCUCAUAAAGCUAAGAAGCCGAUAUUUGGCAUGAUAACUUAGCUUAACUACAAAAACGGCCAGUGGACGCGCCUCAAGAAGUACCGGCACAUAGACGGCAUGGUGCCGCAGAAGAUACCCCCCGGCUCCACCGUCAUCUCGGCCAAUAACCAGCAGCCCGUCGUCUCAAUAGCCAAUCAGAGCGUCAGUUAAGACAAGUUAAGAUUAGGUUCUUUAUAGUUGUACUUUUGGCCUGGCGAAAUUUUGGGGCAA